AUGAAUAAGCCUUUAAAUGCAUAAAACGGUAUCGAUAGUAGCAAUAUAAGCAUUAAUAACAAAGUUAAUACUACUAAGAAGGAUUAAAGUGAAGAUUAACUUAACUAUUCCGCUCCUUUAGAUUAACUUUUUCAUAAGUAGAGACAUUAUAUCCAGUCAGAUGAAGUUUAAGCACUGUAGAGCAUACAUUUAAAAAAAGAGAGUUUUUUGAGCGAAAGUGAUGCAGAAAUUUUAUCUUAUAAGGGAUCAAAAGAAUUUCAAACUAGCAAUCUUGUAUUAUAAAAUGGUGGUCAUAAUAAUGGCUCAUCUAUAAUUGAAGUUCAAAAUAAUACUAAUAAUAAUACUCCUAAUAAUAAUCAUUAUGAAAUAAAAGCACCUAUUUAGUUUUAAAACUUACCUUAGAAGAUGUUAUUUGAUAAGAAAAGAUAAAAAAGUAUCUUGCGUAAUGGAGAUGAUAAAUUAAAUUUUUCUUUCGAUAUCGAUUAAAACUCUAUAGUUAAUUCUCCUAACCCGACACACAUAAAAAGUAAAUAUGACAAAUCUCCAGAAAAGUUAACAACCUUUAAAAACCUACAAAUAAACGAAGAUCCAUUGGAUGAAAGUGGUUAAGAAUUUUUGAAGGCUGUUGCAGGAUUUGGAAAUAUUUUUAGAUUUUAUGGAAUUAUUCAACCUAAGAUAAAGAGAUUUUUUUAUACAAAAACGUAUGCUGGUAAGUUAAGACAUCUAACUUUACCAGUAAGACGGACUGUAAAUGAUUCUGCUGAUUAUGUUCAUUAAGAGACGAAUAGAUCAUGCAUUAGAUAAUUUGUCUUUAAUGUGAUUUCAUUUAUUGAAAAAGUUUGCUACUUUCUGAAGCUGAAUAAAAUUCCUAUUAUAAAUCCUGAGAAUAAAUUGAAAAUAUUAUUUAACACUAUCAUAGUCACUUAUAACUGCUUUUAUUUAUUUUUGCGUUCUUUAUAAAUUUUUUUUCAUGCUGAUUUAGGAGAUUAUUCUCAUUACUUUCACUAUGCUGCAGAAGCUGCUUGGGUUACUGAAAUGCUUGUUUAGUUAAACACUUCUAUGUAUUAUCAUAAUCAUUUCACGAAAGAUAGAAAAAUUAUUUUCUAAAUUUAUUGUUCAGAAUAUUUUUUUUUUGAGGUUCUUCCUUUGAUAUUUGAUGGAAAGACUUCAGAAUAUAAGCUGCUCGAAAUAUUUUUCCUUUUGACUCUUCUUUUGAAAAUAAAAGGAAUUAUGAUUAUAUUAAAGAAUUUAGAAUUUUAUAUUCUUUAAAUUCUUGAUAACCACUCAUUUUUCUAGCUCUUAAAGUUGAUCUUAUAAAUGAUACUCUUCGGUCAUGUCUUAGCUUGUGCUUAAAGUGUUAUCAUUUCUUAUGAAAUUAACUACAAUAACAAUGACUCUUAUUGGUAAACCUAAUAUGAGUAUAACUAUAAAGAUUGGAUUACGUUGUACCUCCAAUCACUAUAUUGGUCUUUCACCAUUGUCAUGAGUAUGCAAUAUAAUCCUCCAUAGUCAGACCUAGAGAUAGUUUUUACUUGUAUUUGUAUGCUAGUUUCUUGUGCUGGAUUCGGUUAUCUCAUUAAUUCUAUAGGAAGUAUUUUAGGUGAAAUAAACAAAGAGUAAGAAGAUUACAAGAAAGAUCUCAAUAUCUUAAAUUAAUUUAUGAAAAGAAAAAAAAUAGAAAUAAGCUUGAUGAGAAGAGCCAAUAUUUAGCUGAAAAAGUAUUAUGAAUAGCAAAAGAGAGUUAGGUAUAACCAAGAAAAUGAAACUUUAGUGAAAUUAAAUGAAUAUAUGAUGAAAGAAUUGUUAAUCUCUUCAAAUUUAAAAAUAAUUAAGAGAUAUCCAUUAUUUAAUUUGUUUACCUAACAAACUUUGUUUAAAAUUUGUACAAAAAUGCAAGAAAAGCUAUACGCACCUAGCUAGAUUAUAUUUGAUAGAAAAGUAGAGGAGAAAGAUGAUUAUUUUCUUUAUCUCCUCGUAAAUGGGUCAGUUAUGAUUGAAGACAAAUUUAAGUUGAAUGUUAACGAAGAUAAAAAAGAUCAAAACAAAUACUACUUCAUUGAUGACAACAAAACCUUUUAUGACCAAGCAGAGGAGGAAGAAGAAAAGGAACACAAUGAAAAGGUUGUUGGGAGGAAGCUUCAAAAAGGAGAAUUUUUCGGUGUCACUGGUUUUUUCACAGGGAAAGAAGUUAUGUCUAAGGCUAUCAGCUAAGAUUUCUCUACUGUUAUGAUAAUCAGUAAGUCUGAUUUUGAAAAAAUACUGCAGGAAGAAAAGAAAGAUUUUGAAAAAUUUAAAGAAGUAGCUGAUAAAAUUUAAUUAUAUCAUGACUAUAGUGAUUUAAGAGCACAUUGUGAUUACUGCUAAAGCAAGUUCCACUAUACUGAUUAAUGCAGCAAGGUUUAUUUUGACAAAGACCCUUAUUUUGUUAUCAAAAAAAUGAAUUUUAGCCAAACACAACAAAGAAAACAGGCUGUGAGAGAGUCAACCAAAUUCAACUCUAUUGUUAAUAUUCUGUUUGUUAAGAAUUCUACUUUAGAUUAUAAAGUUAGAAAUUAAGAUGAUUUAACAGAUUUUUUAAGUGAAUACACAUAAUCUGAUCAAGAUUAUUCAGAUAAUGAAUUAGAUGACUAAGUCGAGACAAUUAGAGAUACAUAAAAAUAAAAAACUUAUAUCCAUAAAGAGGAAAGCAGAGUACAAAAUGAUGGAUUAUUUGAUGAUAGAGAUUAUAAACAAGAACUAAUAAAAACAGAAUCUAAAUUUGAUAUAGGACAGAAUUAUAUGGAUGGAAUAAAUCCUAUUGUGUUGCAAUAAGGUUAAGUUCCACCAAAUAAUCACUCAGAAGAUGACAGCAUAUAUUAUGAUUAAAAAUAAAACUACAAAAAUUAUAUUGGAUCUGAAAAAGAUGCAAUCAAUAAAGAAUUGGAAAUGCAGUAAGAUAGAGGAAGCUACCAAACUAUUCAAAACACAAUUCCAAACUCAAUGAAGAGAGGUUCAAUAGAUGGAACAAUAUUCAAUAAUAGAUCUUAAGUUUAGACAAUUAGUGUAGGAAAAAACGAAUAUCUUUUAAAGCAGCUUUUAAAUGGAGUUUAAGAUUUAAUUUCUUAAUUAAAUACAAGAGGAAGUUCUAAGAGAAAACAAUCAACUAAUGUUAGUAAUAUUGGCAGUAACUUAGAAAUUUCAUCAAAGAUAUAAAAUAUUCCUAGUAACUUGAAAAAUCCUGGUAUAGAUAACUUUAAGCCAGCUAAAUAGAGUAACUUCGAUGAAUAUACUCACUCCAUAUCAAGAAAAUCGAUAAUGAGACAUACAUUUAGAAGUACAUCGUAUGUAACAAGUAAAAAAGAUAGAUCUUAACCAUAAUAAGAUUAUUACAAGGAAAUGUCAUUCAAAAGUAAGCUUUAAUCGAAUCAAUUCAGCUAUGAAAAUAACUUUAUUUGGGAUAUUGACAGAAUGUAAGACUACGAAAACUAUUUUCCUCAUCAAAACGCUAGUGAAAUAUUAAAAAAGUUUACAAAUUACUAAACUAAAUCCAAUAAAAAGAGAAAAUCAAAAAGACAAAAAGGUAAUGGACAGUCUAUAAAAAGGACAUAAACAUAAAAUACCAAAAACAAAGAUAGACAGUCUCUAAAAAUAUUCCUUUGA